CCUCGUUACACCACAAACCACUCUCAACGCCAGCUGCGACCGAUGGACACCAACGCCGCCUGGCCGCAGUUUGACGGGCAAGAGUACAGGACGGUGUGGCCGGAGGAGCAGGAGUACCGGACGGUGUGGUCGGAGCCGCCGAAGCGGCGGGCGGGGCGGAACAAGUUGCAGGAGACACGCCACCCAGUGUACCGCGGCGUGCGCCGCCGUGGCCGGGAAGGGCAGUGGGUGUGCGAGCUGCGCGUGCCGGCCGGAAGCCGGAGUUACUCCAGGAUCUGGCUUGGCACCUUCGCCAGUGCCCAGAUGGCGGCGCGCGCGCACGACUCGGCCGCGCUCGCGCUCUCCGGCCGCGACGCGUGCCUCAACUUCGCCGACUCCGCCUGGCGGAUGAUGCCCGUCCACGCAGCCGGGUCGUUCAAGUUGGCCGCCGCGCAGGAGAUCAAGGACGCCGUCGCCGUGGCCCUCAAGGAGUUCCAGGAGCAGCAGCGCCCUGCCGACGAGUCAACGGCGCCGUCGUCCACGGCCGAGGAGAGCGCGCUCUCCAUCAUCCCCAGCGACCUGUCGGGGCUCGACAAUGAGCACUGGAUCGGCGGCAUGGAGGCCGGGUCGUACUACGCGAGCUUGGCGCAGGGGAUGCUCAUGGAGCCGCCGGCCGACGGAGCUUGGCGGGAGGACCGCGAACACGACGACGGAUUCGACACGUCGCUGUGGAGCUACUAGUGUGAUCAACUGAUUAAGCAAUGUAAAGAUCUAGAGAGUACUGCUAGUGCUAGAUUGUGUUUCACCAAAUAUGGGAAGAAGAGAGAGUAAGCAUCGGGGGAAAGGUUUCCCCCCAAUGUGAAAGCGCUCGGUUUCUACUCCCGGAAGGGCACAAAUGAGCUUCUUUCUUUAUUUAAUAAAUAAA